UUUUCCGAAUGUCAGUUCUAUGUUUUCAUCAUAAGUUUUGUGUUUUGACGUUUUGAUAUUUAGACAAUAAUAUAUAUGUUGUAUUUAUAGCAACACUUAUAUACGUAAAAUAUAAUUUGAAAAAUUAUUAGAAUUACAUUCCAAUUAUGUUUAUUUAAGAAAAGUACACAAUAUUUCAAAGUAAUGUAGUUGAGCACAAUAGUUGACCAGAAGUUUUGACAUGGAAAAUUUUAUUAGCUACCUUCAGUUUGUAAAGACAUGUCUCGAAGAUAACUUCGCCAGAUUCAAAAGUAUCCACAUUGUUUUAGGAAAUGAAUCAUGUGAUAUCGAUUCUAGUAUUUCGGCUAUUAUUCUUGGUUAUUUUCUUCAUUUUCAAAAACCAUCCAAGAUUCCCACCAAUUCUCUCAUAAUUCCCGUUCAGAAUGUCUGUAAAGAAAGUUUUCCUUUUCGUACAGAUACUUGUUACUUAUAUAAGGAAAUAGGAUUACCAUUGGAUCUUCUAGUCUACAAAGAUCAGUUGAGCUUUGAAACUCUAAUGAAAACGAAAAAUGUUACAACUUCUCUAGUAGAUCAUCAUGUGUUAACGGAAAGUCAGAAAAUAUUGGAAAGUACAGUUAUACAAAUCAUUGAUCAUAGGCCUCUAGAUGUUAAUGCAAGUUGGAAUGAAAAUAAAGUUGAUUUAAUCAUUGAACAAGUGGGUUCUUGUGCCACUUUAAUAGCUGAUCAAAUAAUAUCUACAGCUGAUGGCUUGUUGUUUAGAGAAAUAGGAUAUUUAUUAUAUGCCACAAUCAUAUUUGAUACUCAAAGUUUGAGCCCUGAAACUAAGAGAGCCAAAGAGUUAGACUUCAAAAUAGCUGAAUAUCUAGAAACUAAUUACAACUUUCCUGAUAGACGAGAAAAUUUGUACAAAAAAAUUUGGAAAGCACACAAUGAUGUAUCCCAUCUCACUCCUAAACAAAUUUUGACAAAAGAUUGUAAAGUAGUAAAGAAGGUCCCAGUUCCUGGUUUACCAAUGUUGGCAGAAGAUUUUCUGAACUUAGAUGGAGCUUAUGAAGCUAUAAGAUUAUUUGCUAUUGACAAUAAUGUGCCACUGUUAGUUAUAAUGGGAAUAGACACUACUGAAGUUGUUAGGAGAGAUAUUGCUAUAUUUUUUACCACUGAUGGAGAAAAGCUAAUGGAUAAAUUGUUGGAAAUGCUUUGUAAUUGUCAACAAGUAAAAGGUUAUGACUUUCAGUUCAAAGAAAUAAACACAGAGUUUGAAGACAUCAAGUGUUUUAGGCAGGAAAAUGUCACUUUAAGUAGAAAACAAAUUAUACCAAUUAUUUUAGAUGCAGUUGAGUUGUGAGUUUAUGGCUAAUGUGCAUUAUUCAUAAAUUAAUAAAGAUCCAAUUUGUAUUAUCUAA